CUUGUUACAGGCAUAACGUAGCUAGCAAGUUAGCUAUUGAAGACCGAUCAAAUAUCGUUCAUAUAGUAAUUUAGACUGACUUAUAUGAAACCAGAUAUAAUACAUUGAUACAAGAGUACAUUGUGUGCACGCCGCCUGUUUUCAGGUCACUCCACCUCCCAAGAUGUCGUACCCCCCUCACCUGAACCGCCUCCCCCAGUUGCCCCCCGGGAUUCGCCCUCCCCACUUCGCAGGGUUCCCCCAGGGAGUCCCAGCAGGUACRCCCAUGAUUCCAGUCCACAUGGGGAUAAUGACCUCUGCACCUACGGUCCUGGUUCCUACCACAGUGUCUAUGGUCCAGAAGCCUCCUGCUCAGAGGAAAGAGCUGAACCCAGUCAGAGCCAAGGAGAUCCAGGAUGGGGGCGGUGGAGGUCCCACCACUACAGUGUUUGUAGGGAACAUCUCRGAGAAGGCUUCRGACAUGCUGGUCAGACAACUGCUAGCGAAAUGUGGCCUGGUCCUGAGCUGGAAGAGGGUCCAAGGGGCUUCUGGGAAACUGCAAG